AGUCUUCCAAAUUCAUGUAUCAAAGCAUCAAAUCAGUUCAUCAAAAGAAAAAAAAAGGGGCAAAUUUUUUACAUCUAGCCUUCGAAGCCACAUGAGACUCUGCCACGGCGUAAGAUGAUCAAAUAAGCUGACCAAGCGGACCAAAACAUUUCCGUUUCCAUGGACAAGCAAAAGUAGUCUCUUUUGAAGCAAAGAGCCAAAGGCGAAGUAAAAUAAAAAUAUAACCCUCAUUUUUGUCUUAAAAUUUCUUCUCAAGUAAGAUUCGAAACUUGAAAAACUCGAAAAGAAAGGAAAAAAAAAAAGAAAAUAAAAAACAGAUAAUUAUUGGAAACGAAAUUUUAGGUUUCCCUCUUUUUUCGGCUUUGAUAAAAAUGAACUCCAUCAACCGCAACAAUGGAGAAAGCAACAACGGGAAGAGCAGCAUUUUCGAUGGAUUAAAGCAAGAUCUGGAUUUAUACUUCUUGGGGCUGUCUCGGCUCGGCUCGUCUAAGGCUCUUACAGAUAAGGAGGAGGAUGAGGAGGAGGCUCCGAAAGAGCUCAACACGAUCAAUAGCUCGGGAGGGUUCUUGGUGGUGGCGCCUGAUAAGUUGUCGGUGAAGUAUACCAGUGUUAACCUCCAUGGCCACGACGUCGGUGUGGUUCAAGCCAAUAAGCCGGCUCCAGUGAAGCGUCUGCUUUAUUACUUUGAGAUAUAUGUGAAGGACGCUGGGGCUAAGGGCCAGAUUGCUAUUGGAUUCACUAAUGAAGGCUUCAAGAUGCGGAGACAGCCCGGAUGGGAAGUAAACAGUUGUGGGUAUCAUGGGGAUGAUGGAUUGCUAUACCGUGGACAAGGAAAGGGAGAUGCUUUUGGUCCAACAUAUACAAAAGGAGAUAUGGUUGGUGGUGGCAUAAACUAUGCUUCACAGGAAUUCUUUUUCACUAAAAAUGGGGCAAUAGUAGGAACGGUUUGCAAGGAAAAGGAAAUGAAGGGUCGCUUAUUUCCUACAAUUGCUGUUCACAGCCAAAAUGAGGAGGUUCAUGUCAACUUUGGGCAAAAGAAGUUUGCUUUUGAUCUGAAGGAAUAUGAAGCUCAAGAGAGGUUGAAGCAGCAGAUGACUAUUGAAAAGAUAUCUCUACCACCAAAUAUUAGUUAUGGACUUGUUCGCUCCUACCUGCUACAUUAUGGCUAUGAAGAUACACUCAAUUCAUUUGAUUUGGCUAGUAAAAGCACUAUCCCUCCUAUCUAUAUAGCUCAAGAAAAUGGCUUUGAUGAGCAGGAUAUUGUGUAUGCUCUAAAUCAGAGAAAGACUCUACGGCAGCUGAUCAGGAAUGGCGAGAUUGAUGCAGCAAUUAGCAAACUUCAUAAUUGGUAUCCCCAGAUUGUUCAGGAUGACAAAUCAGCUACAUGCUUUCUGCUGCACUGCCAAAAGUUUAUUGAAUUGGUUCGGGUUGGAGCACUGGAAGAGGCCGUUAAGUAUGGAAGGAUUGAAUUGGCAAAAUUUUUUGGGCUGGCUGGAUUUGAUGAUUUAGUGCAGGACUGUGUUGCUUUGCUGGCAUAUGAACGUCCACAGGAGUCCUCUGUUGGAUAUCUGCUCGAAGAGUCACAACGUGAUGUUGUGGCAGACACAGUUAAUGCUAUGAUCUUAUCAACAAAUCCCAAUAUGAAAGAUAUGAAAGGCUGCUUGCAAUCUUAUCUUGAGAGACUACUCAGACAGCUAACUGCUUGCAGUUUGGAGAGAAGGUCAGCAAAUGGGGAUCAGGGUGAAGCAUUCCAUUUGCAUCAGGUUCUUACCAUUGGUAGAGACAUGAAGUGCUAGCUGAUAUAUGUAAAUUGCACUUUUCAUCCUUUUCUAUCCACAUCACUAAUAGAUUUUUCCCUAUUACCCUUUUCAAUUUACAAGUGAUUGGAUUGGCCCGAGUGUCUGCUAUACAGAGUAGAGCACCCCUUUAGGGUUCCAAACAAAAAAUAAUUCUACAUUUUCUCUGAAGAUGGGGUGUUUCUUCAUAUGCUUGUAAGCUUUUGUUUCACAAACUUGUCCCUAAAUUGAAAAUUUUCAAAUUGGCUGGAUGCGGAUUCCAUUGUGAACAGUCUUGAUAAUGUUUACUUGUUCCUCUACUCUUGCA